AUGACAUCACGUCAUUUAUCUCUAACACUUACCUCUGCAGGUACAGGCGGCUGGCAUAUUGGUUCCCCACCUGACCAACGUAUGCAAAAAACAGCUAGACAGCAGGGCCUAGAUAUUAGUAAUGGACGUGCAGCACAAGUACAAGCACAAGAUAUUCACACAACUGAUCUUUUUGUUGCUAUGGAUAACAGUAACAAAAAAAAUCUGAAAAAUAUCUUAGGACCAGAAGCAAAAAUUGUAAGACUUUUAGACUUCCAUAACGGACCCGAGCGAGAAGUCCCAGACCCUUAUUAUGGUGGAGAUGACGGUUUUGAACAGGUCUAUAAACUUGUAGAGUCUGGUGUUAAAGGUUUAUUUGAUUCGCUGGAAAAAGGUAAUACUGUAUAA